AGACUCUCUAAAAGGUAAAUACUUGCGGGCAUUAGCGAAUUGAGAACUCUGUAGUAUUGAGAGGGGAGACUCUCCGGCUUUGUCUGCGCAUCCGCAUUUGACACCUCAUCUCCUCUUUCUCUGCUGCUGCUCAUUUGCUGACUGCAGUUUAAACCUCCAGCAGCACCCACCCAGACUCUCUCUCUCUCUGGGAGAUCCCAUAUCCACAAGCUAUCCUACAGGCUUGCCUUUGGAACAAACUGAAAUUUUGAUCCUAAACUUUCAAGGAUCAGAGACAGUUUUAAGGGAAUGGCCGGCAAUGGUGAUGACAACAGGGUGGUUUCAGGAAAAGAUGAGGCAAAUUGUUCAGAGACCACUGUUGAGAUAAAGAUAAAGACAUUGGAUUCUCAGACUUACACAUUACGAGUGGAUAAAUGUGUGCCUGUCCCUGCACUGAAGGAACAAAUUGCUGUAGUUACUGGUGUGUUGUCAGAACAGCAGCGGCUUAUAUGUCGGGGAAAAGUUUUGAAGGAUGAUCAACUCCUUUCCGCUUAUCAUGUGGAAGAUGGACAUACAUUGCACUUGGUUGUGAGACAACCCGUUGUUCCAUCAUCAGAGGGCUCUCCGAAUUCAGCUACUGAUCCUGCAUCCACUGGUGGGCGUAGUCAAGGAAGCCGAGGUCCUGGUGUUGUAGUUGGAAGCUUUAAUAUCUCUGAACAAGAUGGAAGUUUUCCUGAUUUAAGUCGUGUUUUUUCUGCUCUGCUUGGUUCUUUUGGAAUAGCAGGUGCUGGAAGUGGCAGUGAAGGGAUUGAUCUUAAUGAGCAUCCACUAGAAAGGAUUCUAAACGGCCCUAGUCUUGGUGGUCUAAGAAAUUCUAGCAGGCCACAGACAGACCAAGCUGAUUCAAGGGGACAAGCAAUAAAUGAUUCUGGUAGUUUCUCUGUUCCAACUGCUGAUUCUGUGGAGUCCCUCCAGCCGCCUGUAAGUUUCUUGUGUUAUUAUUAUCAUUCUUAUAUUUUUCAUGCAGGAAGCAUUCUCUUAUUGUCAUGGAAUCAAGAACAAAUUACAAUACAGUAAUAUGUUGAAUUCUUAAUACCUUUUUUUUGAAGAAUUUAACAAUAUAUUGAUUAUGGUCUUGGUAUUUUUUCUGUUCUCAACUUUCUCCAUGUCUGGAAGCACUUAUUUUGCAAAACAUGGGUGCUUUAGGGAGUGACAAGAGUCAAGAAUCCUAGUAGUUUGUCCUUCAGGAGAAUAUUCUUCUUUUGGUGAUUAGAGGAUUAGCUUUUGGUCUUCUGCUUCCUGUUCUUAUUUUCAGAGGAACUAAGAAAGCAAUAUUGGAUGUGAUUCACAUCUUCCUAAACAAGCAACUUAUUUGAGGAUCUGAUACUACAAUUUGGUGCUCCCCUGCACCAUCUCUUUCAAACUCUCUGGCACAGAAAACUAAAGGAAACUUUAGAUAGCAGGACUAGAUUACUAGGAUUAAUGAAGAGUGCGUUUCUAAAACUACUAUUAGACUUAGAAAUAAGGCAUACCUACCAGAAUAUUGAACGAGAACUUAUAUAACGCUAACAUGCUCCUGCAUCAAUCUCAGUCUGCGUAGCAAGGCUAGUUAACAAUUGUAUUGAGUUUGA